GGCAUUUACAGUAUCACCACUGUGGGGUCGUUGAAAUUUAUGGUCAACUUCACCCCAUUUGAAGGUCCUUUCUUUAUCAGGUACACUUCUUCUGAAUGACCUGACUGUAUAGAAGUCCUGGAUACAAACUGAUGAUUAAUCAAAUUGGAUCAAAUGUCAAUAACAGCUCAGAAAUAAAAUGACGUGCUCAGUGAAGGAAUGCAAAAUGAGAGUCUUCAUUUCGUGUAUGCCUGGGACACAAUAUGGAGUGACUGUAAGGUCUUGAAAAUUUUAUCAGUCUGUGGCUGGGAAAGUACAAAAUUUCAUCUUUUAACUGUUGCUAUAUGUGCAGCUGCAGCUAUGAACAAGAUGAACAGGAAACAAAAAGGAAAAUUCCACAGUAUAGCACUACUUCUGUUGCUUAUGACUGCCAAUGAUGCUGCCAGUCAACUGAUAAGCACUUCAGUUCAUCACAAAAAUAAUGACAGUAGCUUGGAAGACAGGGAGAUCCAGCCUACUCACAAUUUUUUUCCAGGUGGAAGUUUGAUGAACAAUGUGACGAAUAUAGAACAGCACUUCAGAAACAUGAAUUUUAUUUGGCAACAUUUCAUUUCAAAAUUUGCCUGGAAAGUGAAGAAUACUCUGAAAGCACUUCGAUUUCUAUACCAAGAUUUUGAAUCAGAGUUUGAUAUUGCAAUGUGCUAUAUAAAAUAUUUUCAAGUAAUCCCUGGUUUAAGAUCAGGCAGGAAUAAUAAUGCAAACAAGAGGCAACUGUCAGAAUUGUUUUCAGAUCUCUCUUAUCCUAAUAGUGACAGGCAUCAGUUACUUAAAAAUAAUAUACGAAGUAUGAACGAUAAGAAAAAAUUUAAUGUAGGAUCUGAAAUAAUAAAACUAGUAAUGCUAAUGCUAACCCAUUUAAAAAUGAUAACAAAAGAAAUAUUGCAGACGAAUGGCAAAAGAAACUUACAUCAAGAAAGUGAGUACAAAAUUGGCUCCACUGAUAUUGGAACUAAUAUUUCUCUCCCUAGGCUAAAUUCAUCACAAAGAUAUUGGUAUGGUGAAAAUAUCGGUAUUAGUGAUAUAAUAACCAAUGUUUAUACAGCACUUUACUUAUCAUUUUAUGGGGAAAUGCCAGCAGAAUAUCUGAAUCAGCAAGGUGAUCUGAAAUUUGGUUCACUUGUAAUGAAUUGGACAAAGAAAUGUAUGGAGAUAUUCAACACCCAUACCCUUGUUAAAUGUACAAGAAAAUAUCUAAUGAAGAAGAUAUGGAGUUGGGUUGAUGCUGAAGAAAGACCUGUAACAUGAUUUUCAAUACAAUAAAGAAUUAACAUCUUCUGCAACUUGAGUAACCAAUA